AUGUCUAAGGCUUUCGACAGCACAUUGCGACAACAAGAGUUGUUAAAAGCUGAUCUUGAUACUUUAUGGAAGGAAGAGGAGAUAUACUGGUGUCAAAGAUCACAUGUUAAUUGGCUUAGUGAAGGGGAAAAAAAGGCUCACUUCUUUCACCUCUCUACUAUUCAACGAAGACUGCAAAACAGAGUUGUGCGUCUGAAAAACGAGAGAGGUAUUUGGCUCCCUAGUUAG